UUUUGUUUGUUUAGAAGCCUGAAAGUACUGAGCAGAGACAAAAUGGUCUUAAAAUGGUGGACCAAGCAAUAUGGUCCAAAAAGAUGUCAAACGGGGCAAGACGCAUACCAGUGUCACCUGACCAGGCUAGGUCAUACAACAGACAGAUGCGGCCAGCUAUUUUAGAUCACAGCUCUGGGGCCAAGUGGACAAACACGUCAAAUCAUCCGGAAUAUUUGGUAGGAGAAGAGGCACUAUAUGUUAAUCCACUUGAUUCUUACAAUAUUCACUGGCCUAUUAGAAGAGGGCAGUUGAAUCUCCACUCAGGACCUGGUGGUUCCCUCACUGCAGUAUUAGCUGAUCUAGAAGUUAUAUGGUCACAUGCAAUACAAAAAUACCUGGAAAUACCAUUGAAAGACCUAAAGUACUACAGGUGUAUUUUACUAAUUCCAGACAUCUAUAAUAAGCAACAUGUGAAAGAACUGGUAAAUAUGAUCCUAAUGAAGAUGGGCUUCUCAGGGAUUGUGGUACAUCAGGAGUCCGUGUGUGCUACUUUUGGAAGUGGUUUAAGCAGUGCAUGUAUAGUAGAUGUGGGAGAUCAGAAGACAAGUGUUUGCUGUGUAGAGGAUGGUGUUUCCCAUCGCAACACCAGGCUGUGCCUUGCAUACGGAGGAUCUGAUGUGUCCAGGUGUUUUUACUGGCUUAUGCAACGAGCUGGGUUCCCCUAUAGAGACUGUCAGCUGACUAAUAAGUUGGAUUGCCUGCUGCUUCAGCACUUAAAGGAAACCUUCUGUCAUCUAGACCAGGAUAUUUCUGGACUGCAAGACCACGAGUUUCAAAUUCGUCAUCCAGAUUCACCAGCUUUAUUAUACCAGUUCCGAUUAGGGGAUGAAAAAUUACAGGCUCCAAUGGCUCUGUUUUAUCCAGCAACUUUUGGAAUUGUGGGACAGAAAAUGACAACUUUACAACACAGGUCUCAAGGUGACCCUGAGGAUCCUCAUGAUGAGCAUUAUCUCUUAGCCACACAGAGUAAGCAGGAGCAGUCUUCAAAAGCUACAGCUGAUAGAAAAUCUAUGUCCAAGCCUGGUGGAUUUGAAGGAGACUUGCGAGGCCCGGCCUCAGACAUUUCAGAGAGAAUCUACCCUCAAGAAGUGGAAUUGGGAUCUUCUCAGGGUGAUUGUAUGAUGUCUGGAAAUGACUCAGAGGAACCUUUAACUGCACACAUGUCCAGGAAAACAGCUAUCUCUCAGUUUGAAGGCAAAGCCUUGGGCCUUGACAAAGCCAUUCUUCAUAGUAUUGACUGCUGUGCAUCUGAUGAUACAAAAAAGAAGAUGUACAGCUCCAUCCUAGUAGUAGGAGGAGGCCUUAUGUUUCAUAAGGCUCAAGAGUUUCUUCAACACCGAAUUCUCAACAAAAUGCCACCUUCUUUCAGAAGAGUUGUUGAAAAUGUUGAAGUCAUUACAAGACCUAAGGACAUGGAUCCCCGCUUAAUUGCAUGGAAAGGAGGUGCAGUUUUGGCCUGUCUCGAUACAACUCAGGAGCUGUGGAUUUACCAGCGAGAAUGGCAGCGCUUCGGUGUCAGAAUGCUGCGAGAGCGAGCUGCCUUUGUGUGGUAA